CCUGACAUGUACAGACAUUGAAGUCCAUUAAUCAUUCCCCCGUGUCUCUUAUUUAAGGAUUUUUUCCUCCCACCACUAGGUCUGUGUGCUGUUUGCUCCAUUUGGUCUAUGACAUUUGGAUGAUCAUCUUCAUCAAUUGAUAGACUCCUACCUUCAGGAGCACUGUCUCCCUCCCCCACAUUAGUCAGUUUAAAGCCCUCCUUUAGGAAGGUGGCUUUUCUCUGUUUGGUCUCGUUCUGUUGAUUUUCCUACUAAUCUGUGGGUUCUUUUCAUCUUGUUUUUUUGGGGGGUACAGUUAUGACCAAGGGUCCAAAGUAAGGGAGAAGUAUUUCUGAACAACUAACAUAUGAAAUGGGCAGAAAUGUCCAAAUGCACUCAGUAGAUAAGGCUUUCUGAAAGGCCCAUCUGUAGCUAGAGAUGCCCUGUUUCACCUGUGAGAGACAUGGGCACUCCUGGCAUCCUGCUUACCUUUUUUCUCUUGCAGGUGACAGAAGGAUGCCGGCAGGACCUCCCUAUCCACCUUUUCAUGGGGGCAGAAGAGAAACAGCGGCUGCGGAACCAACUCAGGUCAGGGGAAGUGCCUUGUGGGGACAGAGACCGAGGGAUGGAGCAAUGUCAUGGACUGGUUGGGCACAGAGGAAUGGUGGGAGGAAGCAGCCAGGGAACCAGGAAAGGAAGACGUCUCAGAGCCCAAGGAGUGGAGGUGUAGGAAGGAUGGGCAGUGAGAGGGGGAAGAGGGAGAAGCCUGGGAAGAGGAGGCGUCAGAAGCUGAAAUGGUAACAGGGCUUAGUGAGCUGGGAGACUCUGAGGCAGAAUGCAGUGAAGAAUCAGAGGCAGAAGAGGAAGGAGGCGAGUGGGAGGAGGGAGGUCGAGAGGCAGAGGUGAGUCAGGAGAAGGAGGAGUCACCGGGGGCUCCCUCUCCUUAUGCCAGAAGCCCCCCUCCCUGCUUGUCUCUCAGAGCCCAGAGACUUCUGACAAUGGAAUUAGAAUCAUAGAAUCAUAGAGUUGGAAGAGACCACAAGGGCCAUUGAGUCCAACCCCCUGCCAGGCAGGAAAGACCAUCAGAGCACUCCUGACAUAUGGUUGUCAAGCCUCUGCUUAAAGACCUCCAAAGAAGGAGAUUCCACCACACUCCUUGGCAGCAAAUUCCACUGUCGAACAGCUCUUACUGUCAGGAAGUUCUUCCUAAUGUUUAGGUGGAAUCUUCUUUCUUGUAGUUUGGAUCCAUUGCUCCGUGUCCGCUUCUCUGGAGCAGCAGAAAACAACCUUUCUCCCUCCUCUAUGUGACAUCCUUUUAUAUAUUUGAACAUGGCUAUCACAUCACCCCUUAACCUCCUCUUCUGCAGGCUAAACAUGCCCAGCUCCCUUAGCCGUUCCUCAUAAGGCAUCGUUUCCAGGCCUUUGACCAUUUUGGUUGCCCUCCUCUGGACCCGUUCCAGUUUGUCAGUGUCCUUCUUGAACUGUGGUGCCCAGAACUGGCACUGUGGUGCCCAGAAUUGACACUGUUGGAUCGCUUGCCAGAAACCCCAGAGAGGAGGGGACUUGGAAAGCUGUGGGGAGUCAGGGGCCUUCACUCUCAGCAAUUGAUUUCUUGGAGGAAGACCCUGUCAUGGAAUUCUACUCAAAAUUGAUCCAGAGCAGAACUACAAUGUAUAGUUAGCAGAGUAAAAACCUAAACACAUUGCAGGAUUCCCCCGAAAUAGACCAGAGGCAAUUGUAUUUCAUUCAGCAGAGCUUUACUGCUACUGUGAAGGCAUAAUGUUCCCAAAUCCAAAAUGUUCAGGAUUGGCCCUGUGCAUAAGAAAUCCAGUUGCAGCAGACUUAGCUGAAAUUUACCACAACCUAGGACUUGCUGAUCAGAAGGUUGGCGGUUCGAAUACCCAUGAUGGGGUGAGCUCCCGUUGCUCGGUCCCUGCUCCUGCCAUCCUAGCAGUUCGAAAGCACGUCAAAGUGCAAGUAGAUAAAUAGAUACCGCUGUGGCGGGAAGGUAAACGGCAUUUCCGGGCGCUGCUCUGGUUUCACCAGAAGCGGCCUAGUCAUGCUGGCCACAUGACCCGGAAGCUGUACGCCGGCUCCUUCGGCCAAUAAAGCGAGAUGAACAUUGCAACCCCAGAGUCGGCCACAACUGGACCUAAUGGUCAGGGGUCCCUUUACCUUUAGGGAAUUCUGGUGGCCCAAAAUUAAGGAGGAUACCACAGAAUACGUGAGGGGGUGCGAAGUCUGUCAGACAGCCAAAGGGCAAAGGACAGCCCCAGCCGGGCUGUUACAACUGUUACCCACCCCAAGUAAACCGUGGGAAGUGGUAUCCAUGGAUUUUUUCACCAACAUGCCAGUGUCACAGGAAAAAAACCCCGGUUAUUUGGGUGGUGGUAGAUGUGCUGACAAAGAUGGCGCAUUUUGUACCUUGCUCUAAGAUACCUUCCACAAAGGAGACAGCAGGGUUGUUCGUGGAUCAUGUGUUUAAGUUGCACGGUAUGCCAUCAAGGCUAAUCACAGAUUGUGGAAGUCAGUUUACUUCACAUUUCUGGAGGAAGUUGACGGAGCUGUUGGGGUGGAGGUUAGCCUGACUUCAGCUAGGAAUCCACAGAGAAACCGAGAGUCAGAAAGGACCAAUGCCACCCUGCAGCAAUACUUGAGGUGCUAUACAUGCUACCAUCAAGAUGAUUGGGUAGAGAAGCUGAGCCUGGCCGAGUUUGCACACAACAAUGCGGUCCACGCAUCCGCGGGCAUGGCCCCCUUUGUGGCGAACUAUGGUGUGCAUCCCAGGGCCUUUCUGGGUAGGGAAGAGGUGCUGUUAGUACCAGCAGCUGAGGAGUCUGUGGAGUAAAUGGAGUACUUGCAUGAGAUAUUGAAAGACAACCUGGAAGCAUCAAAGGCAGGUUACAAAAGGAUCUCGGACGCACAUAGGCGGGAGGGAGAGAAAAUCCAGGUAGGAGACCAGGUGUGGUUGUCCUCAAAGGGGUUGCCGUUCAAAGGGAGGUGCAUGAAGCUAGAGCCUUGGAGGCUGGGGCCGUUUAAGGGGGUGCAGGAGAUUAAUCUGGUGUCCUUUAGGCCGCAGUUCUUUGCUGUCCCCCUUUAUUCCAGCACACAGGUACCAGGGGGAGAGGAAGGAACCUCCACCCCCCUUAAGCUGGUAGAAGGGGAGCAGGAGUACAAGGGGAGCAGGAGUAUAAGGAUGGAUUCUUCCAUCUGGGAAACUGGGAUGCUUGCAUAGGCAGAAUGAUUAGAAAAACACCAACUGGAGUACCACCUAUUCACAAAACAUGACUGUUCCAGUCACCAGUCUAGCUGCCGCAUUCUGGAUUAGUUGUAGUUUCCGGGUCAUCUUCAAAGGUAGUCCCAGGUAGAGCGCAUGGCAGCAGUCCAAGCAGGAGAUAACCAGAGCAUGCAUCACUCUGGCAAGACAGUCACGGCAGAUAGGGUCUCAUCCUGCAUACCAGAUGGAGCUGGUAGACAGCAGCCCUGGACACAGAAUUGACCUGCACCUCCAUGGACAGCUGUGAGGCCGAAAUGACUCCCAGGCUGCGCAGCUGGUCCUUCAGGGGCACAGUUGCCCCAUUCAGGACCAGGGAGUCCCCCACACCUGCCCGCCUCCUGUCCCCCAGAAACAGUACUUCUGUCUUGUCAGGAUUCGACCUCAAUCUGUUAGCCACCAUCCAUCCACCAACCAACCAACCAACCGCCUCCAGGCACUCACACAGGACCUUCACCGCCUUCACUGGUUCUGAUUUAAAGGAGAGGUAGAGCUGGGUAUCAUCCGCAUAUUGAACAACACCCAGCCCAAACCCCCUAAUGAUCUCUCCCAGCGGCUGUAUUAACAGGAAGGAAAGAACAGAGCAUUGUGUAGCAGAUCAUAUUGACCCUGUCUCAGAGGAGGACAUUUCCCUUUUUCUUUUAGGGUCCAGUGUGCUUUGAAGAUGUUGCUGUUUGUUUCACGGACGAGGAGUGGGCGUUGCUGGAUCCUGACCAGAGAGCUCUGCAUAAGGAUGUCAUGGAGGAGAAUGGUGGGAUCGUGGCCUCUCUUGGUAAGGCUCCCUGUGGGAUCGUCCUAUCUGCCUGGAAAUUCAAAAAAUACCUCUAUGUGAUUUCCACAGAGCUCAGCAGCGCCCCCUCCAACACCUGGGAACCAACACCCCCACAAAAAACCUUGAACAGCAAAUUCCAGUUUUUUCUGUGAACCAUCUUCCUCCAGUUCUGCCUUUUUAUACCACGAUUCGGCUGGUCUGAACUGGCCAGACAUCUUAAAUGUCACCUUCAGAGUUGUUCGGAAAGAUAAGUAGCUUCUGUCAGGUUUUCUGUUUUUGUUUUCUUGGGUUGACCAAAGAGACGCCUCACAUUGGCGAUGGAGGGGAUGCCAUGACUGGGCCAAACAAAAUCCAUCCCAGAGAAGAGCCAGGCUUAUUGAAUCUCAGGUAGUGGUAGCAGUGAUAGUAAUACUAAUAAUUUUUAUUUAUCCCUGCCCAUCUGGCUGGGUUGCCCCAGCCACUCUGGGUGGCUUCCAACACAUAUAUAAACAUGAAACAUUAAUAAUAACAAUCUGAUCCCGUAUAAAAAGCACAUUAGCUUUUAAUGAACAACUUAUACUAGUGGCUAAAAUCAUGGAAACUUUUUAAAAAGUGUGUUUCCGAGGUUUGAUGGCUCAUAACACCACUUUUUUCGGAGUGAUACCAUAGGAAAGAUAAUUUGAUGAAGAAUGCAAUGCAAUAACUUUUAUGAAGGAGUAUUUAUUAGAACAGCAGUCAUAAAAAAGAAAUGUGAAACACAUAGAAAAAAGGAGAUCUACAGAAAUUCUCACCAUGUCAAUUAAUACUGACUUUGGUAACCUUUAGCUUUAAUUCUGGCCUUACAACGCCUUCUCAUGGAGUGAAGCAAGUUUUUUAGUUCUGCAGCUGUAAUAAUGUGAAACCAAGACUGAAUUAUUGCCUCUAUUAAUUGGGCUUUGUUGCUGGGUUGCUUCUGACUAACAAGUUUCUUUAGUCGGCUCCCAAGAUUUUCGCUUGGCCUAUUCCCAGGCCAUUCCAGCAGUGGAAUAGGAUUUCACAUUCAGAACACUUCAGUUCAGGCUCAAGUAUUUGAUUUAUGUAUUUGGGGGCAUUUACAUUCCCAUUAAUGACACAAAUUCUGCCCACACCUUUUGCUGUCAUACAACCCCAGAUCAUCACACUAUCUGGGUGUUUCACGGUCAGUGUAAUGCAAGUAGGAUGUAAAUCUCCUCCGAUUCUCCUCCUCGCGUAUUUCAUGCCCUCACUACCAAGCAAGGAGAUUGGGGUCUCAUCACACCAAAUAACACUGUCCCAUUGUUCCGCUGUCCAGUUACCAUGGGUUUUAGCCCAGUUUAAUCUUUUCCACCUUUGCUUGAGAGAUAAUGGCUUUUCCCUUGGAAUUCUAGCAUUUAGAUCAGUCCUUGCACUCAACCUCACCUUACAUUGCCCCAUGUCAUCUUGUAAACACCCAGAUGAUUUUCUUCUGUCCUGUAGGCACAGACUCUUCAUUCUUCGAUCAUCACUUGCUGUUGUGCACCUUUUCCUGCCUUUACCAGUCUGAUUUUGUAGUGACUGAAACUCCUUAUGUUGUUGUUUAGUCGUUUAGUCGUGUCCGACUCUUCCUGACCCCCUGGACCAGAGCACGCCAGGCACUCCUGUCUUCCACUGCCUCCCGCAGUUUGGUCAAACUCAUGCUAGUAGCUUCGAGAACACUCUCCAACCAUCUCGUCCUCUGUCGUCUCCUUCUCCUUGUGCCCUCCAUCUUUCCCAGCAUCAGUGUCUUUUCCAGGGAGUCUUCUCUUCUCAUGAGGUGGCCAAAGUAUUGGAGCCUCAGCUUCAGGAUCUGUCCUCCCAGUGAGCACUCAGGGCUGAUUUCUUUCAGAAUGGAUAGGUUUGAUCUUGCAGUCCAUGGGAGUCUCCUUAUAUCUCUUCACAAAUAUAGAAAGGCCAGCUUUGGUUAAGUUUUCCUCAAUCUUCUGUUUUCUUUUUUAAAAUGAAUAUUUAUUGAAUUUUAUAACAAAUAAAAAUAUCUCAAUCAUCAUGUUAUAUACAAAUGUUCUCCCUCCCGUCCUCCGGACUUCCCUCAACUCGCCCUCUACUGAGUUAUUUAGUUUUAUUUAUUGCGUCCUGCUUUAUAUAAAAGUAAAUUCCCUUAUCAUUUUGCUAAAAUUUCUGUUACUAUAAUAAAGUUGUGAACAUUUAUUCAGACCCUGCCAGUUGUUGUUUCUGCAAAUAACCUGUAAAUGGUUCCCAAACUCUUUUAAAAUCCUUUUUGUCCUUCUCUCGUUGUUUAUUUGUUAGCUUAGCCAAUUCUGCAUAAUUCAUCAGUUUUUCUUACCAUUGUUCUUUUGAUGGUAUUUCUUCCAUCUUCCAAUUUUGUGCAGUCAAGAUAUUUGCCGCUGUUGUAGCAUACAUAAAUAAUGUCCAUUUUUCUUUUGGCAGCUCUUGAUUUGAGAUACCUAACAGAAAGGCUUCAGGAUGUUUACCAAAGCUCAUUUUAAACAUUUUUUUCAGUUCAUUAUAUAUCAUUUCCCAAUAUUUUUUAAUGCAUUUGCAUUCCCACCACAUAUGAUAAAAUGUUCCUUCCUUUUUCUUUACAUCUCCAGCAUCUCUUAUUUUCUUUCUUAAACAUCUUUGCCAUUUUCACUGGUGUGAUAUACCAUCUAUACAUCAUUUUCAUGUAAUUCUCUCUUAAUAAUAUACAAUCUGUAAAUUUUAUAUCAACUUUUCACAAUUUCCCCCAACUUUCAAAUUGAAUGUUGUGUCCCACAUCCUGAGCACAUUUAAACAUGACUGAUUUAACCUCUUCAUCUUUGGUUUCCCACUCUAAUAAAACACUAUAUGCUUUUUAAAACAAAAUUGGGUAAAGUUGGAAAAAGAAGAAAAGUCCUCAAUCUUUCUUCUAAUUUCUUCAUUACUGUAGCCUUUUUCACUUAAUAGUACUAUUUUUCAUCGCUUCUGGGUGUCUCGCCAACUCUUUGUGCCAUUUCUUUAAUUUUAUUAUGUUUUACAAACACACUAAAUGAAAAAAACACCAAAUAAGCAACGAAUGUGAUAGACAUCACAUAACACACUGACAAAAGUCAACCUAAGCAAGUUGUGCUUCCUUUUUCUAGUUAUUUGGCUGUAAAUUUUGAUAGAAUACAGAUAGGUGCAUUCUUGAUUAAAUUAUCCUUACAUUGAUACAUAAUUUGUGGUAUUACUCCAAAUGAAGUGGUGUUACGAACCAUCAAACAUCUGAAAUACGCUUUUUUCCCAAAAGGCUUUCACAAUUUUGGCGACUACUAUAUAUCAAACAAAUCAACAUUCAACAAUCCAUCAGAAUAUAUUACUAAAAAUGUUGGUUAAUGACAACCAACAAAGGCAAUGAACAAAGACCCAACUCCUUUCAGUUCUUCUUGAUGUGUGCCUGAGGCUCUAAUCCCUUUUUUGUCUCCAUUGCAGAUUUUGAUGAAUUGGAAAUCAAGAACAAGGGUGACCAUGACGAAACCCCCGGAGAGGAGAAGCCACGCAAAAAUUUGGAAUGUGGCGAGAGCUGCAGUCAGAGCUCCCAUUCCACUUCCCAACAAAGAAUUCUCAUUGGAAAGAAACCCUAUCAGUGCAUGGAAUGGGGAAAGAGCUUUAGUCAGAGAGGCCAUCUCACUAAGCAUCAGAAAAUUCAUACAGGGGAGAAACCCUAUCAGUGUAUGGAAUGUGGAAAGAGCUUUAGUCAGAGCUCUGAUCUCACUAAGCAUCAGAGAAUUCAUACAGGAGAGAAACCCUAUCAGUGUGUGGAAUGUGGAAAGCACUUCAGUACGAGCUCAGAUCUCACUUCCCAUCAAAGAACUCAUACAGGGGAGAAACCCUAUAAAUGUGUGGAAUGUGGAAAGAGCUUCAGUACGAGCUCUUAUCUCUGUAAGCAUCUGAGAAUUCACAGAGGUGUAAAACCCUAUCAGUGUGUGGAAUGUGGAAAGCACUUCAGUCAGGGCUCCAGUCUCACUUCCCAUCAGAAAAUUCACGCAGAGGAGAAACCCUAUCAGUGCGUGGAAUGUGGAAAGAGCUUCAGGGAGAGCUCCAGUCUCACUUGCCAUCAGAGAAUUCAUAGAGGGGGAAAACCCUAUCAGUGUGUGCAAUGUGGAAAGAGCUUCAAUAAGAACUCCAAUCUCACUUCCCAUCAGAGAAUUCAUACAGGGGAGAAACCCUAUCAGUGCAUUGAAUGUGGAAAGAGCUUCAGUCAGGGCUCCAGUCUCACUUCCCAUCAAAGAAUUCAUAGAGGGGAGAAACCCUAUCAGUGUGUGGAAUGUGGAAAGAGCUUCACUGAUAGCUCCUCUCUCACUUCCCAUCAGAGAAUUCAUACAGGGGAGAAACCCUAUCAGUGCGUGGAAUGUGGAAAGCACUUCAGUCAGGGCUCCAGUCUCACUUGCCAUCAGAGAAUUCAUAGAGGGGAGAAACCCUAUCAGUGUGUGGAAUGUGGAAAGAGCUUCAAUAAGAACUCCAAUCUCACUUCCCAUCAGAGAAUUCAUACAGGGGAGAAACCCUAUCAGUGCAUGGAAUGUGGAAAGAGCUUCAAUAAGAACUCCCAUCUCACUUCCCAUCAGAGAAUUCAUACAGGGGAGAAACCCUAUCAGUGCAUGGAAUGUGGAAAGAGUUUCACUGAUAGAUCCUCUCUCACUUCCCAUCAAAGAAUUCAUACAGGGGAGAAACCCCAUCAGUGCAUGGAAUGUGGAAAGAGCUUCAGUCACAGCUCCAAUCUCACUUCCCAUCAAAGAAUUCAUACAGGUGAGAAACCCCAUCAGUGCAUGGAAUGUGGAAAUACCUUCAGUCAGAGAGGCCAUCUCACUUCCCAUCAGAGAAUUCAUACAGGUGAGAAACCCUAUCAGUGUGUGGAAUGUGGAAAGAGCUUCAGUUCGAGUUCCCAUCUCACUAAGCAUCAGAGAAUUCAUAGAGGGGAGAAACCCUAUCAGUGCAUGGAAUGUGGAAAGAGCUUCAGUCAGAGCUCCUCUCUCACUUCCCAUCAACUAAUUCAUAUAGGGGAGAAACCCUAUCAGUGCGUGGAAUGUGGAAAGAGCUUCAGGAAGAGCUUCAAUCUCAUUUCCCAUCAGAGAAUUCAUGCAAAGGUUGGAAAAACCAUUAUACAGCUUUAGGAGCCAGGCAAAUCCAAGGGACUUUGAUGAAACAUGCCUUCAAAUACUUUUUGGAUUACAGUGCUGACUGUGGAGAGUGGGCUGACCUGUCGAGGGGGGAUGGAGAUAUUGUUGGGUUGGAGUCUCCCCGAGACCUACUCCUCAAUGAGAAAGGAAAGAAAUUAAGAAAAAGAUCAACAAAAGACAAAGUAAAGUGCAGGUAUAAACAAGAAGAUGAUCUGCAGAAGGGACAUGGAAAAGACUUAAGAGCCUCGGACAGAAGAUCACCAGGUUGAUGGACUAGAUGGAAUGGAUAGAAAGGACUGACAUAACCCGAGACCAGGAAGAAGAGACGAUGGAUGAAGAUUGGAAGAAAGUUGUUAAAAAUUCAUUUUGAGAAAUAGUGUAAAAUUGAUGAGUGUUAGGAAAAAUGUUGGAAUGAAACUAUUUGGCUUUAGUAGAAACGAUAUAAGGAGUUAUGUAUAAAUAAGUAUUAAGUUUUAAGUUUAAGUCUUAAGUCUUUUUAUGGUAAGAUAAGGUUAAAAUAAAUUAAGGUAAUUUAAUUUCUCCCUGUUAAACAAACAAGAUGAAUUUUAACAGGGAGAAAUGUAAAGUAUUGCACUUGGGCAAAAAAAAUGAGAGGCACAAAUACAAGAUGGGGGACACCUGGCUUGAGAGCAGUACAUGUGAAAAGGACCUAGGAGUCUUGGUUGACCACAAACUUGACAUGAGCCAACAGUGUGACGCGGCUGCUAAAAAAGCCUAUGCAAUUCUGGGCUGCAUCAAUAGGAGUAUAGCAUCUAGAUCAAGGGAAGUAAUAGUGCCACUGUAUUCUGCUCUGGUCAGACCUCACCUGGAGUACUGUGUCCAGUUCUGGGCACCACAGUUCAAGAAGGACACUGACAAACUGGAACGUGUCCAGAGGAGGGCAACCAAAAUGGUCAAAGGCCUGGAAACGAUGCCUUAUGAGGAACGGCUAAGGGAGCUGGGCAUGUUUAGCCUGGAGAAGAGGAGGUUAAGGGGUGAUAUGAUAGCCAUGUUCAAAUAUAUAAAAGGAUGUCACAUAGAGGAGGGAGAAAGGUUGUUUUCUGCUGCUCCAGAGAAGCGGACACGGAGCAAUGGAUCCAAACUACAAGAAAGAAGAUUCCACCUAAACAUUAGGAAGAACUUCCUGACAGUAAGAGCUGUUUGACAGUGGAAUUUGCUGCCAAGGAGUGUGGUGGAGUCUCCUUCUUUGGAGGUCUUUAAGCAGAGGCUUGACAACCAUAUGUCAGGAGUGCUCUGAUGGUGUUUCCUGCUUGGCAGGGGGUUGGACUCGAUGGCCCUUGUGGUCUCUUCCAACUCUAUGAUUCUAUGAUUCUAAUGACAGAAUACAGUGAAAGAUGGAAAGGAUUUGCUGAGUUAAUUAAUAGGUUAGACCGUUAAGGUAAGUUAUAGAAUAAAAAUUGAGAAAGAUGGAAAGAAUUUGUUGAAACAAUUAAUUAAAUCAGAAUACAAAAAGGGAGGUGUGAGGAGGUCGAUGAAACAAGUAAAGGAAAGAUAAAGAUAUGGAAUAUGGAUGUGUGUUUUAAUGUUAUUGUUACUUUUUGCUGUAUUGUUGUAUUGUUUUUUAUGUUUUUUUUCUUUAUGUAUUGUAAUGUAUGUCCUGUUAAAUUUUUGUUGUUGUUUUCUCUUUUUUUUGUAAUUUUUAAACUUCUAAUAAUUUUUUUUUUUUUUUAAAGGAGCCAGGCAAAUCCGUACCUUGCUAACCAGUCCUUUGCCUGAUUGCUAUCUAAUGCCCUUUUAAAAUGUGGUAGUGAGGGGGGUUACAGAUGUGUAUUUUGUGUUUUUAUAUUGUCUUUUUAUGUUGUAACCAUCCUGCGACAUGUGGGAACAGGAGUCAACUCUUAGAGGCUGAUGGGUCUUUGCCCCCCCAAUAAUAUACAGUCAUACCUUUUGUUACAUUUGCUUCAGGUUACGUCUUUUCAGGUUGCAUCCUGCGGCAACCCGGAAGUACCGGAAAGGGUUACUUCUGGGUUUCACCGCUUGCCAUGCGCAGACGUGCAAAAUGAUGUCAUGCGCCUGCACAGAUGUGGUGACUUGUGACCCUUGCAUGCGCAGACACGGGUUGUGUUCCUUUCAGGUUGCGAAUGGGGCUCCAGAACGGAUCCCGUUCACAACCAGAAGUCCAACUGCAUUUGAUGGAGAAACCACCAGUUGGUACAUGCUGCCAUUCCAAUGGUGUGCAUGCAUCAUGUGAUUGAUUGUGCAAGGCAGGCCUUACCUGGCCCCCCACCCAUAUUUUAUUCAAGUUGGCACCACUGGGUCGGGUGGUAGACAAAUUAAAUAAAUACAUAAAUCGCCUUCCUUUGCACAUGUUCCAGCUUGUCAAUAUCCUUAUUUAUUAUCAUUUUUUAAAUUUAUGUGCCCUUCAUCUGAAGAUUUUACAACAUAACCAUACUGGAUGAAAGCAUGGCUUUCUCAAAAACAAGAACUUCCUGACAGUAAGAGCUGUUCGACAGUGGAAUUUGCUGCCAAGGAGUGUGGUGGAGUCUCCUUCUUUGGAGGUCUUUAAGCAGAGGCUUGACAACCAUAUCUCAGGAGUGCUCUGAUGGUGUUUCCUGCUUGGCAGGGGGUUGGACUCGAUGGCCCUUGUGGUCUCUUCCAACUCUAUGAUUCUAUGAUUCUAUGAUUCUAAGUCAAGCCCGAGAAAUCUCUCCUCCCCCUUUUUUUGGAUGGAGUUACAAACUUUGUUGACAAAGUCCCCCGUGAUAUUUUUGCCAGGAAGCUGGUAAAAUGUGGGCUGAAUGAAGUAACUGUUAGGUGGAUUUGACUAACCGAACCCAAAGAGGAGGGAGAAAGGUUGUUUUCUGCUGCUCCAGAGAAGCGGACACGGAGCAAUGGAUCCAAACUACAAGAAAGAAGAUUCCACCUAAACAUUAGGAAGAACUUCCUGACAGUAAGAGCUGUUUGACAGUGGUAUUUGCUGCCAAGGAGUGUGGUGGAGUCUCCUUCCUUGGAGGUCUUUAAGCAGAGGCUUGACAACCAUAUGUCAGGAGUGCUCUGAUGGUGUUUCCUGCUUGGCAGGGGGUUGGACUCGAUGGCCCUUGUGGUCUCUUCCAACUCUAUGAUUCUAUGAUUCCUUCAUGGUUCCUCGUCAUCCUGGGGAAAAGUGACAAGAGGGGUGCUGCAGGGUUCUGUCCUGGGCCCAUUGUUGUUCAGCGUCUUUAUAAAUGACUUGGAUGAAGGACCUGAGAGGGAUACUCAUGACAUUUGCAGAUGACACAAAACAGGUAGCAGAGGUCAACACAAUAAUCUUUAUUGUCAUUAUCCCAUGUCGCAGAAGGCAGAAUCAGAUCAAGGACAUGAAUUUUGUUGUUUAGUCGUUUAGUCGUGUCUGACUCUUCGUGACCCCAUGGACCAGAGCACGCCAGGCACUCCUGUCUUCCACUGCCUCCCGCAGUUUGGUCAAACUCAUGCUGGUAGCUUCGAGAACACUGUCCAACCAUCUCGUCCUCUGUCGUC